CUUUUAGUUGAUCACGAACUCUUUAAGAGAACUGUUGUUUAUAUAGAAAACGGAAAAUUUAGUGUUCAAAUUUAAUAAACGAGAAACAACACGUUCACAAUUGUUGUUAGUGUGCCACACACAACAAAAUUAAAAAUAGAUUUCAAUAUUUUUUGAGACACAUUAAAAGAAAAAAUAUGUUUUUAUAAAAAAGAAAACAAACAAAAGUUUUCCAAUUUAAAAAUGCAUUUAAGAAAUUUAAAUAUUUUGCUUUUAAUUUUAUUACUUGUAAUACAACCUAUAAAAUGUUACGAAUCUAGAGAUAAUUUUGAUAUUUCACCGGUUGAACCUAAUUAUCAUAUACCUAUAGGUCUCAUUACUGAUGUUAAUUCCGAAAUGUUAAGGCAAACUUUUGAUUAUGCUAUAUCGGUUAUAAAUUCUGACUUGAGUGUUCCAUUAAUGGGUUAUCAGGAAGAAAUCGAUUAUGGCAAUACUUUGCAGGGUUUCAAUCGUUUGUGUAAAUUAAUGCAGACUGGUGUGGGGGCCGUGUUUGGACCCACUGCCAAACAUACGGGAACACAUCUUAUGAACGUCUGCGAUAGUAAAGAUCUACCCUAUGUCUACUCACAUAUGAGUGAUGCUAUAGAAGGUUUUAAUCUCCAUCCACAUCCAUUGGAUAUUGCCAAAGCUUUAAAUGCCAUAAUUACGGAAUUUGAAUGGACUCGUUUUAUAUUUCUCUAUGAAAAUUCGGAAUAUUUGAGUAUUUUAAAUGGUUUAAUGUCAUUUUAUGGUACUAAGGGACCCAUAAUAUCGGUAAUGCGUUAUGAUUUAAAUUUGAACGGUAAUUUUAAAUCGGUUUUGAGAAGAGUACGCAAAUCGGUGGAUAGUAGAAUUGUGGUAGUGGGUUCUACGACCUCGGUGGCGGAAUUAUUGAAACAGGCCCAACAAGUUGGCAUUAUUAAUGAGGAUUAUAAAUACAUUAUUGGUAACUUAGAUUUUCAUACCUUUGAUCUGGAAGAAUACAAGUACAGUGAAGCAAAUAUUACCGGUUUUCGUUUGUUCUCGGCCGAACAACCCGAGGUACAAAAUCUUAUGCUAGAAUUGGGUUUUAUAGAUGAAAUCGAAGAGAAUGAAAUGAUAACAAAUGGUUCCUGUCCCAUUACCACCGAAAUGGCUUUAAUAUAUGAUGCAGUUAUAGCAUUUGCCGAGACCACAAAACAUAUACAUUACAUGCCUCAAGCUUUAAAUUGUUCCGCCUUUUCGGACAAUGUUCAGGAAGAUGGUUCUACGUUUAAGAAUUACAUGAGAUCGCUCUUAAUCGACAAAAAUACCUUAACCGGUCGCAUAUUUUUCGAGGGUACUGUCCGCAAAGGUUUUACGCUGGAUGUAAUAGAGCUGCAAUCAACGGGCCUGGUUAAGGUGGGAACAUGGGAGGAUAAUAAAAAUUUCACUUUUCAAAGACCUCCCCAGGUUAAGAUCAUUUUGGAUACAGAUGAUAAUUCCAUGGUUAAUAAGACUUUUCGCGUGUUAAUAGCAGUUCCGAAUAAACCAUAUGCCAGUUUGGUGGACAGUCAUAAAAAGUUAGAUGGUAAUGCUCAAUAUGAGGGUUAUAGCAUAGAUCUAAUUAAGGAAUUGGCUGAUAAAUUAGGUUUUAAUUUUACCUUCAUUAACGGCGGCAACGAUUAUGGUUCCUUUAAUAAGACCACUAAUGUAACAACGGGCAUGUUAAAGGAAAUUGUGGAAGGGCGUGCCGAUUUAGCUAUAACCGAUUUGACUAUAACCUCGGAAAGAGAAGAAGUCAUUGAUUUUUCUAUACCUUUUAUGAAUUUGGGUAUCGCUAUAUUAUAUCUGAAACCUCAAAAGGGUGAACCCACUACUUUUUCCUUCAUGGACCCCUUUUCAAAACAAGUUUGGAAAUAUUUAGGUAUUGCUUAUUUGGGGGUUUCCAUAUGCUUUUUCAUAUUGGGUAGACUCUCGCCCACCGAAUGGGAUAAUCCCUAUCCUUGUAUAGAAGAACCGGAAGAAUUGGAAAAUCAAUUUACCAUAAAUAAUUCUUUGUGGUUUACAACGGGCGCUUUUCUGCAGCAGGGUUCGGAAAUAGCACCAAAAGCUUUGUCAACCCGUACUGUAGCCGCUAUUUGGUGUUUCUUCACACUCAUUAUGGUGUCAUCUUAUACCGCUAAUUUAGCUGCCUUUUUGACAAUUGAAAACCCCACCAAGGUUUUAGAAAAUGUUAAAGAUUUGGCCGAUAAUAAGGGUGGUGUACAAUAUGGAGCGAAGCGUACUGGUUCCACUAGAAAUUUCUUUUUAACCUCCGAGGAAGAAAUCUAUAAGAAAAUGAAUGAAUAUAUGCUGGAAAAUCCUCACUUAUUGACCGAAACAAAUUUAGAGGGUGUACAACGUGUGGUUAACAGUGAUGUGGCCAGUGGUUCUACUUAUGCUUUCCUAAUGGAAUCCACUUCCAUUGAAUAUAAUAUCGUGAGAGAGUGUAUGCUGCAAAAGGUAGGAGAACCUUUGGAUGAGAAAGGUUAUGGUAUUGCUAUGGUGAAAAAUUGGCCAUAUCGUGAUAAAUUUAAUAAUGCUUUAUUGGAACUACAGGAACAGGGUGUUUUAGCACAAUUAAAACAAAAAUGGUGGAAUGAAGUGGGUGCUGGGGUGUGUAAUGCCAAAAAUGAUGGUGGCAUGGUUAGUGCUUUGGAUUUUGCUAAUUUGGAAGGUAUCUACUACGUUCUAAUUGUAGGCAGUACCAUAUCUAUGUGUUAUGGUAUUAUUCUAUGGUGUUUUAAUGUCAAUAAAAAGGCUCGUUACUAUGAUGUUCCCUUCCGCGAUGCCCUAACUGAAGAAUUUAAAGUGUUGAUUGAUUUUACCAAUAAUGUGCGAAUGUUGAAAAGUGCUCAUUCUGUAUAUUCGCGAAGUCGUCACUCAUCUUUGGAUUCUUUUGAAACGGAUUCCGGUGAAGAAAGUGAAGAUGCAAGUAUGGAAGAAGAUAGUGAAGAAAAUUAAAACAUUUGAAAGAAAAACUUUUAAUUUAAUAAAUUGUAUUUAAUAUUUAAAAUUUACUAAAGAAAAACUAUAAUAAAAAUAACUUAAAAAUAAAAGCUUUCUGUCUC